CCGGUAAAACCAUACAUACCCAGAGCGAAAAGAGUACUUAUUGUGAGAGAGAGAGAGAGAGAGAGAGAGAGAGAGAGAGAGGUAAUUUGUUGUGGACUGGGGCCAGGAGUGAGAGGGUGGAAAGCCGGAGGCAAAAUGAACGAAGACGCCAAGAGGAUCAUCCCGGGCGGGCUGUUGAUCAAGUCUCCGAUCUCAGACGACUUGAUUCCCUCUUCGGUGGCGGCAACUCCUCCCCCUGAUAAACGCGUCAUUAUCAAGAGCGCCGACAUGCUCCCCGACGUGCAGAAGGAGGCCAUCGACACCGCCAUCGCCGCAUUUGAGAAGCACGGUGUGGAGAAGGACGUUGCGGAGCACAUUAAGAAGGAGUUCGACAAGCGGCACGGCUCCACCUGGCACUGCAUCGUUGGUCGUAACUUUGGUUCCUAUGUGACUCAUGAAACAAACCACUUCAUCUAUUUCUAUUUGGAUCAGAAGGCUGUUUUGCUAUUCAAGUCUGGAUGAUUGUCAUCAUGACGUUCAUGAUGAUGGUGAUAACGAUCAUGAAAAAUCCGUGAUUAGGACACUGUAAUUAGAACCUGUUUGUUUUAAUUGAAAACACUAGCAUGCAAACCUAACUGUUGUUGUCCAAUUUAAAGUUAAUAUGCAUUCAGGUUGGAUGAAUAGCCUGACUUAUUCCAUCUUUGCUGCUUAUAGUUGUGGCAAAAGUAUCCCCAGGUCUAAAAAUAUAAAGAACAUUGAGGCCAACCCAGUAGGAUACCUCGAUGAAAGCUUUUUCAGCCAUAUUCCAGUCUAGAGAAUUGCUAAUUAGCCUGAAAUGUAAACCUUAUUUUGAUGGCUUUUGUAUUCCUAGAUAUACUGGAUAUUCAAGCUUAUAACUGUAC